CUCUGCCCAUUACCAUCGGAGAGCUUCCUGCGUAUAUGAAGCACAUGUGGGUGUACACGAGCGAGCACUCUGCUUCUGCCUUCGCUGGGGUCGGUAACUCACACCAUGCUGCUAAUUUGCCUGUAGCCCACGUGAAGGCAAAGGGAAGCUGGUUAGAUACUAUCACAGUGAAAGAGACGACAGAAGGCAAUUUCCCAGUCAUCACCACGCGUACUGAUGAAAGUGCUGGUUGGUUACACAGUGUCUAAAACACUAACUGAAGGCAACAUGGACUCAAGCAUCGACUUGCCUUCAAAUGGCGAUGUAAGGAAAUCUUCCACUGCAGUGGAAAACGUGUCAGACCAGAUUACUGGCAUUAACAGGUGGAGGAGGCUGUUUCUGCAAAUUCAAAAGAACAAAGACUCACAAGCUGAGGCUCCCCACGGCUGCCAGUUCAGGACCGCACUCUUCGGACAGCCACUCUCUGCUGUCUGCGAGGAAGACGGAAGCCCUCCUAAGCCAAUCAAAGACGUGCUGAAAUUGUUGUUGAAGAGGGGUCCUUCUGCUGAGGGAAUAUUCCGGAAGCCUGCCAAUGCCAAAAGACUGAGAGAGAUCAAGGACCAGCUUGACAGAGGGGUGGAGGUGGAAAUGGAGGUGGAGCAGACCACCUUACUGGCUGCUCUUCUAAAGGAUUUCCUGAGACAUAUUCCUGGGGGACUGCUGGUUGCUGACUACUCCCAGGCCUGGAUGAUGGCUCUGGAGAGUGAAGACCCUGCAGAAAAGCGCAUUCAGCUUAAGCUGGUACAUGACAGUCUUCCAAAGGCCAAUGCCAUGCUUCUGCAGCACCUUCUGUGUGUCCUCCUACACAUCAGCAGGAACUCCAGCACUAAUAAAAUGGAUGCUAAGAACCUAGCAGUCUGUAUAUCACCCAAUCUGCUGCAGUGGGAUGAUGUGGAUAUGGUUGAGAAGGUGACAUCCCUAACCCAGUUCCUGAUUGAAGACUGUUGUGGAAUAUUUGGAGAAGACAUUCUGACUCUUCUUGGAGACCCUGACGACGAAGAACUUUCUGAUAACUUAGAUUCACUCUCGCACCAGCAAGACUUGGCCUAUGAGAGCAAUGACCCAGAUACCGACUGUGACCUAGGGGGCAGCAUGGAAGGCCAGCUGAGCGUUGCACAUCAUAACAAACAAAACCGGCUAAAGGUGGACUCCAGUUUGACGAACGGUGAUUUGCGCACAUCGCCUCCCUUCAACAGGAGGCGCUCAGAGCCCAUCAUCUGCCUCCCUACUGGCAGGAAGCCCCUUCUUAUGGUGGCCAGGAGCCAUGAUGACUUGAAGAAGGAGCGGUCGGUCAGCCAGCUACUGAAGAAACAGACCUCAGAAACCUGCUUCCUGUUACUCAACCGGAACUCGAAGAGGCAAGCUGCCCGCCACGUAGACAGCUCAUACUCCUCCUCCUGCUCCCUGGAAAGUGCUUCCUCCAGCCUUUCCGAUGAUGCUGUCACCAUCACCAAGAGCGUGGCGAGGUCUAACCCCAGCCGCCGGGCUUUCUCCACCGUACGCCGCGAGGAGCCGAAGAAUCACGCCAAAAUGGAAAAGAGACGCUCCAUGUCCAUGAGGAUAGAGAAACCGAAAAAUCUAAAGUUCAAAAGCAGGUGGAGUCUUAAGAAGGUACCGACACAGUCGGAGGCUCUUAUCCAGUCUGAAGCUGCGCAGAAUGAGGUCGAGAACGACACAGAUCGGCCAGAUCCAGUGCCUAAGCCAAGACCACUGUCCAUGUCCACCACAGAGGUAUUCAAGCUGGUGGACAGCAGGAUUCCCAGCCCACCCCCUUCAUAUGAGCAAGCAAUCAACAGCACUGCUUCCCUGCAGUUCCAGCCAAAGACUGUGCAGGACGCUCGCAGUUUCUUUCGGGACAGAAGACUCAGCUUUGAGUCAACGACCAAUGACUUGUUCACAGAGAAGUUCUCCUAUGAGGGAACCGCAGAGGAAGCCCCAGUGGGCCCUUUCCGUCAGAGGGCCAUGUCAGAGUCGGUAUCCGACGGCAGCUCCAAGAGACUGAGCCGCAGAAUCAGCCAGCCCCUGAUAGAGGCCAUACUGACGGCAAAGGAGUCUUACGUGUGAGCUACCAUUAGAGCCCUUACAUGUAAUUAUUCAGGGACUAGUGCAAUAUACCAGCUUUCUGUAAAGUUACAGGUUCAGAAGUUGUACAAUUUUUGUACAGAUUUAAAUGUUUUCUGGGUAAGAAAACUAUGGAUUAUACUGUAUAUAAAAGAAUAUAUACUAUGUGUGUGUUCUAUAAGUGUGUAUGUCUUGUCACUCAAAAGCUAUGUAAGAAAUCAGAAGCUACCAGUUAUUUUAAUAUGCUAUGUAACUGAAAUUUUAUGGAAUUGUACCUUUGUAUAACAUAGUGUUCAGAGACAAAAUGUUUUUUGUCUCUCUUUUCAAUGUUAUCUAUCUCAUUCACUACAAUAAAUUGAAUUUUUAUUGCUAAA